AUGCUCGGCUCGUCGGCCAACACCCCGCCGCCACUGUCCCGCCGGCAUCGAACGGCGUUCGAUAGCGCUGCCCAACAGGCUGGCCGCUAUGACGGCGGUGGCGACGACGCCACUGGCCAUGAUGCUGGGGGCGCCGCGGGGUCGGCGUCGGCAUGGAUAGAGACUUGUAGCGGGGUGAGAGAGGAGACGGCGGCGAUGCUGAUGCUGUUGGACACGCUCUCUUGCCCCCAAGUGCUGAGGUGGUUCUGGAGCUUGGAGCACGAGCGAGGGGUGUUGGCGUACGACGUCGCCGAGCUGAGCGAGUGA